AUCAAUUUAUUUACGCCGGCUCCCUUCGUAACAUUAAUUUUUAUAUCAAAAAAAGUAGUUCUUGUUUGGAGUUAAGUAAUUUUAGAUAAUCAACGCGAUUGUUAGUAGAUAGUGCUCUGCAGGUUAAAGUGCUCUUAUCACAACUAUUUGAAAGGAAUACAAUAUAUAGAAGUAUAAUUAAAAAUUACAAAAACAUCUAAAUAUUACAAUUAUUUUCUGAAAUCGAUAACAAAACAUGACAGUCCAAUCUAAACUAAGCCAUGUUUUUAGUUAUGAGUCUUGGAUCCAUGCAGUAUCUGGUGCUGCAGGAGGAUGUAUAGCAAUGUCUACGUUUUAUCCACUAGACACCGUACGAUCACGACUACAACUUGAAGACCCUGAAAAAAAUGGUGAAGCGCGUAGUACUGUUAAAGUUCUUAAAGAAAUAAUACUUAAUGAAGGAGUGCGAUCUUUAUAUAGGGGAUUGGCACCCGUUCUACAAAGUUUAUGUAUAUCAAACUUUGUGUAUUUUUACACAUUUCAUUGCCUGAAGGCAAUUGCUGUAGAAUCCAAUAGUAAAUCUAAGCAAAGUGCACUUCUAGAUCUUUUACUUGGGUCUGUAGCAGGAAUAAUUAAUGUUCUUACAACAACCCCUUUUUGGGUAGUGAAUACGAGAUUACGUAUGCGUGAUAUUGCGGGAACAUCAAGCGAAGUUAAUAAGUUUUAUACAAGUCUUUUUAGUGGAUUACAAUACAUUGCUAGAACCGAAGGAGUACGUGGAUUAUGGUCCGGUACAGUCCCAUCACUUAUACUUGUAUCAAAUCCCGCACUUCAAUUUAUGAUGUAUGAAAUGCUUAAACGUAAUGUGGUUUCUUUCACGGGAAACGAAAUUUCUAGUUUUGGUUAUUUUAUUAUUGGUGCAUUAGCAAAAGCAUUUGCAACAGUUUUAACUUAUCCUCUUCAAUUAGUACAAACUAAGCAACGACAUCGCACAAGCAAAUCCAGCGAAGAUAAAUUAUCUGCUAAAGCCAAAGACAUAGGCAUGAUAGAAAUGAUGAUAAGCAUAUUAAAAUUCCAAGGUUUUAAGGGACUCUUUAGAGGCCUUGAAGCAAAAAUAUUACAAACAGUUCUUACAGCUGCAUUGAUGUUUACUGCUUAUGAAAAAAUUGCCAUGCUAGUCGGAACGUUACUAAAAAGAACCCCAAAUACUGUUAACUGAAACUUACGUGAAGUUUUAGAGAUAAAUAAACCAAAUUUCUUUUGAUAGGCUCUAUUUACUAGUUAGGAUUAGUGAUUUUCUGUGUUUUGUGAUUAAGAUUUAAGUAAAGUAUUAUGUAUUAAUCGUUCCAGUUGGUUAUUGAGUUCUUUUUCUUG